AUGUCGUCCCUCUCACGUCGCGCAUGCUACAAGUGUGGCAACGUUGGCCACUACGCCGAGGUCUGCACCUCUUCCGAGCGCCUCUGCUACAACUGCAAACAGCCCGGACACGAGAGCAACCAGUGCCCUCACCCGCGCACCACCGAAACCAAACAAUGCUAUCAUUGCCAGGGUCUCGGCCACGUCCAGGCUGAUUGUCCUACGCUGCGCAUCACCGGAGGCGCUGCUGGCGGCCGUUGUUACUCCUGCGGCCAAAUGGGCCAUAUUGCACGAAACUGCCCUACCCCAGGCAUGGGUGGACCUGGACCUGCCGGACGUGGCGCUCGCGGUCCUGGCUUCCGUGGUGGCUUCAAUGGUGGUUUCAAUACUGUCACCACCAACCGAGCCGCAACUUGCUACAAGUGUGGUGGUCCCAAUCACUAUGCCCGCGACUGCCAGGCGCAGGCCAUGAAAUGCUAUGCUUGCGGCAAGCUCGGACACAUCUCUCGUGACUGUACCGCUCCCAAUGGCGGCCCUCUCAAUGCAGCGGGCAAGACCUGCUACAAGUGUGGCCAGCCUGGCCAUAUCAGCAAGGAUUGCACCUCCACCGAGACCGGUGCGACUCCUGCCACCCUCAACGGAACGUACACUGAUGGCACUACAGCACCCGCUGAUGCCAGCGACAUUGCUGCCGUUCCCACAGCAACUGUCGCUUAG